AUGAGCGCUCCAGUUCAACAAAAAUGGAACCGUCAGAGACUGGUCGGUGUCCUUGUUUCUGUAGUCAAUUUCUGUUAUUUGUGUCUACAAAAAAGUGGAAGUUGUAGACAAUUUGCGGCGUUGAGCACGUUAAAUAAAGUAAUAGAUGCCGGUUUAGUAAAUUCUGUAUUUGGCUGGCCACAAAUAGUAUUCCACUCCUCCCGGUUAUUAAAUCGGUCACACGAAUUUCAAUCUCAAGAUGAUUUUGAGGCUGGUCUUUCUUUUGUGGAGGACCCGUUACAGGCAAGUUUUUAG